GUUUUAGAUACCCGGAAGUAGGGUGUUGAGCCUAUUAUAGCAGUAGAGCCUAUUGUUACCAUAUUUUUCACCCCUUGGUUUUAAACCGAAACCGCGAGUUUAUAUUAUCGUAAUAUAGCAAAAACUUUGUUGGUAUAAAAAGAUCAGAUUGUUUUCUACUAUAACAGUCAACAUAUAUGUCGAUAACUAACGAUAAACUUCGAUUUUUAGGUAUAUAAAACUUACCUUCUUAAUACUAGUUGGAAAUUCCACCUUCAGGAUAGUAAAUCGCACGGGAGCGAUUUGUGCGCUAAGCGAAAUUCAGUUAAGUCAGCGGCACAUUUUCGUCAAAUUUCAGCUCACAACACCAGAAUCACAAAACAUAUUUCACCGAAACAUACCUUCAAUUUGACAGGGGAACAUUUUUAUCGGAAAUUCACAUUUAAAUUGAUGACACAACGCUAGAUUGAGUGUAUGUUUAAAAUAGGCACAAAAUAAAUAUGAUGGUACACAUUAUUACGCGAUUGCUUCAAGCGCACUACCACCAUAAAAGCAAUUAUUUUACAUUCAUCAUGCGGUAAACAAUCACCCGUGCUGCCAGACUGCAUUAUUGAAUUUACAUUUUUAUUGCAAUUAAAAUAAAAUUUCAUUAAACUUACAUUACAGAAUACAUCUCACAUACGGUUCAAUCAAUUAAAAUUAUAUAACAAUAAACAAUAUUUUAGUUGAAGGUCGCUAGACGGUGAGAUAACAUAUUUUUCCCAAGUAUCUUAUCCUAUGCCUCAACGCGAGUCUAAAUCUAUUGAUGACAUUUGGUUCUUGACCGGCGAUGAACAGAUUCUAUCAGCCGUCUGCCGAUGGUAGCAGAAUGAAAGGGUGCGAAAAGAUCUAACGCAAAACACUACCGUCAAAAUGAAUAGGUGAUCAGAUGUCAGCCCAAAUAAAACUUUAAACUGACUAGUAUCGAUGAUCGCAGGUCAAUAAGUACUGAAAAUUUGUCGCGUCUGUUUUUAUGAAUCUAAUUUCAUGUUCCGUUAUUGCUAACAAGCCCAUGUAUCAGGUUAACAAUCAAUUGUAUUUCCCUACAAUAGUCGUUAUUAUCGCUCGUAUACGCGUAUUUUACAAACAAUCCAAUAUGGCAAAUAGUAAGUGCUUCCCAAAUUUACAACUUCUCACGCUAUCAUAACUCUUUGUCUGUAUAACGUGUUAUCACUCGGUAGUUUUUAACCCAUUAAAUAUAUCGUAGAGAAGAAAUAUCGAAAUCUGUCUAAAUAUUGUUGCAAUAAAUAAUGAUUCGGCCCAUUACGUGUAUAAGAUUAGCUUUCUAGGCAAUACUCCCACGUUCGGCUGUGUGGAGUUCAAAUUGAAUUUGUUUAGAAAACAAAGGAUACUCUCGGUAGCUGGCAGAAUUAAAAAAAAAACAAGCAAAAACCAAAUAAGAUCUUUUUUUGGAAUGAUCAUGUACUAAAGAACUAAAUUAUUAACUAAAUAAAAUAUUAAACUAUGUCUUUUAGAUCUCAUCGCUUGCUUGGAGCGAAUCCUAGACCUUAUACCUUUCUAAACAUCCCACUCCGCGACAUCUAUGGAAAAGUCUAAAGAAUCGUCGUCCUUCCGUCAAGUAGGUGGAGCAUCAACACUUCUCGUCUACCUUAUCCUUUAUCCUUCCCCGCGAACGAUGGGGAUGGUUAGUCCAGAAAUGAUGAAUAUCAUGCUGUUGAGGUUAUAAUAUGGGUCAGAUUGGUAUGAAUUCCCAGUUAUCAUUUCCUAAGCAACUCUUAUUAGAUAAUCAGCAGUCAAACCUAAUGAAGUCAGGGUGCAAUCCGCCAAAAUCAUCGUGUAACGCUACACAAUAAACAAUAUUUUAGUUAAAGUUACAAUUUUUUAAACAGAAUGCAGUAAAUCUAAAAAGUCUUUAGUUCUUGAACAAGAUGUUAACGCUGUGCUCUAAUGAAGCACCCAUUCAGUUCGAAUUAUCAUUUGUGACCAAGAUUUUGGCAAUUGAUUCCGAUUUGUUUGCUAAAUAUUCUAUACCAUUUUCGGAAGAAAAUGUAUUAGGUGAUCAAAUUUCCUCUUCAGCUCCCGACAAUAUUGAUCCUUAAACAAAUUAUAUACAACUAUUAAUAGUUAUAUUUUAGAGCAAUUUCCCACAAUGUAAUGCGCCAUGAUGUUUCAAAUUUCAGACAAAAAAUCUGUGUUUAUGUUACUGACAAAAAUCAUUAAUGUCUUUUAUUAGUACAGCUUAUUCCUAGUUUGUGCGUCGUGAAAAAUAUUAUUGAUAAUUCAAUAUUAAGUAAAUAAAGUAAUAUUUUUCACUAACAUUUGUUUAUUGAUAGUAUGUACGUUUAGAUAGUGCUAAUGAUAAACUAAGGUGUAAAAAUUAUCAAAGUAUACCCGCAUAUUCACCAAUAUAACAAUAUAAAUUACAUCGAAAAUUUUAAAAAUUGUCAAUGUUUUUGAUUUACAAUAAAACUAGGAAAAGAAUCCACGAGAAAAAAAAUCUGGCAGCACUUCGCAUCGUUACUGCUUUGGCCCUUUCAAAAAAAUGUCAUCUGUUGUCAUCAUCAGCUGUCAUCACGAAAUAUAUGCAGUUUCAUUUCGAUCAAAUCGCUUUCGUGUCGUAUUUUUUUUAAAGCGAUAGUGAAAUAACGGUUUGGAUUACAUUGGCUACAGGAAGAAUGGAGCCGCUGGAUCUACGGGUACGAGUCAGCGAUGAUAGUGCCAUCGAAAACAUUGCUGAAAAUCAGGACAGUACAUCAUUCCAUUUGGAAAAAGGAACUAUAAAGAUUGAAUCGAGUUAUUGGAGCGUUGACUGGGAUGCGAAAUACAAAAAUACGCACCCCGAUGGAAAUGAAGUGCAGCCGUUAUCAAAUGAAUAUGAAAAUCCAGUCGAGGUUGAGUGUACAAAUGAUUUAUCAGAACAUAAUUUCUCAUGCGAUGGUCGAGAAGAUGAUUUGAACUGAUACCAAACGUGGCGGAUCACGUAAGAAUAAAACGAAAUUGUACUCAGAAUCAACGUUGCAAACCGUGCUGAACGAAGUCCGAAAUGGUUUUAUGACACAAUAUCAUGCAGAAAAGCACCACGGAAUACCAACUGCAACAGUACGCUACCGUUUAAGUAACAAAUUCAAAAACAAAGGCAGAACAGGACCUUUUCCAGUAUUGACAGAUCGCGAAGAAAUUGAAAUUGUGUACUGGCUGCAACAGAUGGAACGUAAAGGGUUUCCGAUUUCUCGAAAUUGUUUAAUAUCAAAGGUUUCUAGCUUUUUGGAAGCCCACCCUAGACCGAAUCCGUUUCGAGACAACAUUCCAGGUAGACGUUGGGUAAAGUGUUUUAUGAAACGUCAUCCCCAAAUUUCUUUCCGGACACCCGAAGGUGUUACAUCGGCAAGUGCUAAAGUUUCUGAGCACAAUAUAAGAGAAUGGUUUAAAACUGUUUCGGAGUAUUUAGCUGAAAACGAACUCAGUGAUGUGCUUAAUGAUCCAUCUCGUGUCUUCAACGGCGACGAGAGUGGCUUUUGCAUAAACCCAAUCCCAAAAAGGGUUAUUGCUACCAAAGGAAAUAAAAAUGUGUCAAUCGUUGAGCCAGCAAACUCCAAACAAAACAUAACCGUAUUAUUCUCAUUCGCUGCCGAUGGUACGGUGGUUCCGCCGGAUGUGAUCCUUCCGUACAAAAGACUUCGAAAAGACAUUAUUCAAAGUUUUCCGGGACAUUGGGGUCUUGGAUGCUCAGACGCUGGAUGGAUGGAUACAAAAAACUUCGUUCUUUAUAUACAAAAAGUUUUUCAUCCUGCUUUGCUCAGAAGAAACGUUAAAUUGCCUAUAAUAUAUUUCGUUGACGGACACAAGUCGCAUACUGCCUUUGAAGCGGCAGAUGUCUGUGCAAAAUUAGGAAUCAUUCUUAUAGCACUGAUUCCAAAUGCUACGCGAAUACUGCAACCGGCGGAUGUAGGUAUAUUUAGACCUUUGAAAAAUAGCUGGUCACAAGUGGUGGAUACUUGGAAAUCGAAACACAAGUCAGAAUUCGUAACCAUUGUAAACUUUGGAUCCUUGCUGGACAAAGCGAUGAAAGCGGCGUUGAAGCAGUCUACCAUACAAAAUGCUUUUAGGGUAUGUGGGUUGUAUCCGUUCGAUGCGGAUAGUGUUGAUUACACCAAAUGCAUUGCCAAGAACCAGAAGUUAAUGGAAAGCACAGUUGACAUAUUAGUACAACCAGGAGAGUAUAUAGACGAUAGUCAUGAAAAUACAAACAUGGCGACCGGAAAUCAACAAGGUGCGCGGGAGAAAGAAUCUCAAACUCUUGGUUUCGACGACUCGCUGACCUCAAUGAUAUUGAUCCCAGUUUCUGCUAUUGAAGAAUUGAUCGAAAUAAUCGGCGAAGCAAAGUUGGAUCAAUUUAAAAACCAGAAUUACGUGCCUGUGACAAAGGAAGAUGAAGCGCUGUUGCACGUAUAUUCUAAUAUAAUCUCCCGUUAUUCAAUACCACAAGAUGCGGCUACGCUUGUCAGAGAACAAUCUUGCUCUACAAAUAGUAAAGACAUUCCUGUUGUCGCAAGGGAUGAGCUACAAGAGACUGCAAAUAGGGAUGAGCUACAAGAGACUGCAAAUGCAACUUAUGAAAACGGCUUUGUCGAUGAUAACUCUGAUGCUGGUAAUAUCACGACUUUACCAACGUUAGUUGAUAUUACAAAUAAUUGUGAGAAUGCUGCUAAACGUAAAUGCGAGUUUUCUGAUAUAUUUGAUUUGCCUGCAACACCGAAACGGAACAAGAAGCAUCGAAAUUAUAAACACUCUUCAACCGUGGUUCUCACUGCACAUGAACGUAUGCAGGAACUGCUUGCGAACGAAAAACAAAAACAAGAUGCAGAAAAUCAAAAGCGGUUGAAUGUGCAGAAAAGAUUGGAACGUAAACGAGAAAAAGAAGCAGAAAUUGAAAAUAAAAAGAGGGCUGCUGUUGCACGAGCAGUGGAGCGUUUAGAAAAGAAAAAACUGUGUGAAGAAAUUCGCAAAGCUAAGAAAUUAGAGAGAGAAAAUAAAAAACAAACAAAAAAGAUUGUAAAAGUGGGAGGAAAGAAAACAAAACUUUUAGUAUAAUUAAAUGACUUAUCUAAGAAUGUGGUUGAAACAAAAUAUAUUAAUUUUAUCCGAAAUUCUUUACUAUUACGACUUGUAAAAUCGGUGCCAUACAUUCGCAUAACACUUUUUUUAUUCAGUUCGUUUAUUUAAA